GACCGUGGAGUGUUGGACGGCUUCCAUAGGCCGAAAGCUGUAGAGACUUUGAGGCGAUAUAAGUGGAGUGCAGAGGGUUCCAAGGAGAUGGUUGAAGCCACAGGAUUGUCUCACUUGACAGGGUGCAUGAUGCAGCAUUUAGACAUGGCUUUACUGUCAGCAUUUGUGGAGAGAUGGCAGCCGGACACAAACACCUUCCACAUGUCGUUUGGAGAGAUUUUGGUCCUUCUACACGAUGUGAAUCACAUUCUUCGUAUUCCGGCUGAUGGAGAACUGAUGGGAGAUGAGGCGUCGCCGGAUAUUCUUAAGUCAGACAUGGGUGGUCUAGUUCGACUUUCGGUGGAUGCUCAUGUUGGUGAGGGAUUGUUGGUGCGUGGGGGAGAGCUGAAGAUUAAGGAGAUGGAGGUGCAGUGUUACCUAUUUGUGUUACUGGGAUCCACGCUUUUUGUGGAUAAGAGUCGUGAUCGCCUUCGUCCUGCAAUCAACUUGUUUCUGAAGGAUCAUCGACGAUUGAUUGAUUAUGCUUGGGGAGUUGGUGCACUAGCCUAUCUCUACAGACAGUUGGGAGUGGCCACACGAGCGGGUAGUAAGGGUCUUUGUGGUUGUUUGACCCUGCUUCAGGCUUGGAUAUAUGAGUACUUUCCUCUAUUCCGUCCGAGCCAGCUGCCGCAGUCUCAGGAUGCACCUCGUGCUUCCUCGUGGAUUUCUCCCCGUUUGCCAGGUGGGGAUGAUGCUAGACAGAGGUUAGCACGUUAUCGACAGUUGAUGGAUCAGCUUUCAGCUGAUGAUGUGACCUGGACUCCGUACGGACGAGAUGGCCACACAGAUAUACCUCGCUCCUUGUUUACUGGCCCCAUUCGCUUUUCUGACAUUGCUGAGGGAUACGAUCCUGCACGU